AUGGGUUUUGGAAAUGAGAGCCACGGGCUUCUUUCAAGGAUGGCAGUGAAUGACCAACACGGAGAGAACUCUGCUUAUUUUGAUGGAUGGAAGGCUUAUGACAGAGACCCAUUUCACCCCACACACAAUCCUCACGGGGUUCUCCAGAUGGGUCUCGCAGAAAAUCAGCUCUGUUUUGAUCUGAUACAAGAGUGGAUGAGAAAUCACCCGGAGGCUUCCAUUUGCACUCCCGAAGGGCUACACCACUUCAGCGAUGUUGCUAUCUUUCAGGACUAUCAUGGCCUCCCCAAGUUCACAAAGGGUGUGGCAAACUUUAUGUCAAAAGUGAGAGGAGGAAAGGUGAAGUUCGAUGAAAGUCGUGUAGUGAUGAGUGGGGGGGCCACGGGAGCAAACGAGGUCAUAAUGUUCUGUUUGGCUGAUCCUGGAGAUGCUUUUCUCAUUCCCACUCCUUAUUAUCCAGCAUAUGCUCGUGACUUGUGUUGGCGAACUGGUGUACAAAUAGUUCCUGUCCACUGUGAUAGCUCCAACAACUUCCAAAUAACUAGAGACGCUCUUGAAAGAGCCUACAAGAAAGCUGAAGAAGACAACAUCAAUGUGAAGGGUUUGCUCUUAACCAACCCAUCAAACCCUUUGGGCACCACCUUAGACAGAGAGACGAUGAAAAGCCUCGUAACCUUCAUCAACGAAAAGAACAUCCAUUUAGUAUGUGAUGAAAUCUAUGCAGCCACAGUGUUCAGCACACCAAGCUUUGUAAGUGUCUCUGAGAUCAUCCAAGACAUGGAGUUCUGCAACAAAGAUCUCAUUCACAUAGUCUAUAGUCUUUCAAAGGACAUGGGCUUUCCUGGCUUCAGAGUUGGCAUUAUUUAUUCAUACAACGACAUUGUCGUCAGCUGUGCUCGCAAAAUGUCAAGCUUUGGAUUAGUGUCUUCACAGACUCAACACAUGUUGGCUGAUAUGCUCUUAGAUGAUGAUUUUGUUGAUAAGUUUCUGGCAGAGAGCUCCCAAAGGUUGGCUAAGAGGCACAGUUUGUUCACAAUGGGACUUGAGAAGAUGGGGAUUACUUGCCUUCCAAGCAAUGCCGGCCUGUUCUGCUGGAUGAACCUGAGAAGUUUGUUAAAAGAACAAACAGUUGAAGGGGAAAUGAAGCUAUGGCGUGUGAUAGUAAAUGAAGUGAAGCUGAAUAUAUCCCCAGGAUCAUCUUUUAGCUGCAGUGAGUCAGGGUGGUUUAGGGUUUGCUUCGCUAACAUGGAUGAUGAAACAGUGAAAGUAGCACUGAGAAGAAUCGAGGUAUUUGUGGGAAAAGAAGGAGAGAAAGCAAAGAAUGUAAUUAAACGUAGGCAACGCACGACUGGUCUGAGGGUUAAUUCCUCGUCAUCGAAAAGAUUUGAUGAGAGUUGGCUUAUGUCACCUCACAGUACUCACAUUAUGUCUCCACAUUCACCAAUUCCUCACUCACCCCUUGUUAAAGUCACUUAA